CCGUGAUAUUCUCUAUUAUUGUCAGAGGAAUCUUGACGGUGCGCGGUAAUUACGGCACGAUAAGGUUGUUUUCGUUCGAUUUACACUCGCGAAUUAGUUUUCUGCCUAUAGUUUUACAUUUCGCACGAUUCGUUGGAAUAUGGUAUCAUUACGAUUUAUGAAUUAUGUUUGACUGUCAAUUAUUCAGUGAAAUAUAAAAGUUUGUGAGGUUAAUAGACGAGUUUGACAAGCGACCCGUCGACAUUACGCGAUAUUGAACUGUAAUGCAAGAUGGCUGCUAACACUACGUUCGUCGAUCGUGAACUAUUCAAAAUUAUUAGAAUUACUACAAAAAAUACAACUUCUCAUGGCCAACUUGUCGAAAAUCGUUUAAUGUUAAAGGAUGGAGGAAAAGGGUGAACUUUUAACAUGUCUCGGAGAAAAAAUAAGCACUGGCAAAGCCACGAUAGAUCGUCUGAAACUUGUAGGAAAGAUUGAUGGGAUUGAAAAACUUAUACGAAAGAUUCAACAAGAAAUUAGAUUCUUAGAAAAGGUACAAUCCACAGGGAAUGUAAAGAAGGAACAUUUACAAAGCACAAAUCUGAUUCAUUUGAAUGCAAUUGUAGCACGACUCUUUUGUGCUAAUGAACCCAUCAAUGUUAUGAAACCUUUUAAAUAUCAAAAAUCACGUUUAGAAGUAGAUAUUGUAUGUAAUGGAGGUGCAUCAUGGAUAAAAGUUAUUGCUAGAAAUGCUAGAGCUCUUACAAUGAUUUCAAUGGGUAAUGGAGAAUAUGGGCAAAAAUCUGUGCUUGACCAAGCAAUGAGUUACUUACAAUGUGCAAAAUGCUAUCCACAUUUGUAUAGGCCACCUGAUAUUAUAUUCCAUUUUGCUUAUGGUAUAGAAAUUCCAUUAGCUACACGUUUGGAACAGAUGGGAAUAAUUGUUGAAGGGGAUAAAAUACAGUGUGAAGAUGUAAAAAAUAUAGAUAUACAUGAUAGCGAGGACAAAAUUUCUACAUGGCUAUAUUCGUUAGAAUCUGCCGAGGAAUCUUGGGAUGAUUAUAAAAAAAAUAUAAAUUCAGAUUUAAAUACUCUAAACACAUCUUCCCUUAAAACUGAAAUAAAGAUUCUUAACUUGGAUGUAUCAACUUUAUUAGCAUAUGUGACAAAUAUGACCAAUGGAUAUGAUCAUUUUAUUUAUCGGGAACCGUUACUCACUCAACAAGCAGAAAUGGAAAGAAAAUAUCCAGUUAAACCAAUUUUAGAGAAUUUGUUCAAAGGGAAAGAAUUAAUUGUUUGUCAAACUGCUUAUGAAAAUUUUAUGAAUAUUAUAGAUGUCAUUGGUGGACCUAAAGAGACUCUUAGGGCAAAAGAAUUAUUAAAUAAAGUUCAGAUUGUUAAUGACAUACCAACAGGCAGAAUAAUGGAGAAGUUAAAUUUAGGUGGUAAAAUUAAAGACAGAUCUAGAUUAGUUUUUGCAACAGGAGAACAUAUGAAAAGUAUUACGGUAUCUGCAAAUGAGGGAUUUGUUAGAGCAGCACGUAUGCAGGGUAUUGAAUGUACAGUCUUUUUGCAUGAACCUAGAUCUCUUUCAGAGAUUAAAGAAGGUUAUGCGACAAAAAUAGGUCCAUCUUGACACCAGUUAAAUGCAUUUUAAAUUAUUGCAAAAGAAAUAUUCAUACUGCAUAAGAAAUAUUUCUAUUGUUUACUAAUUAAUAUUAUUAACAGAUGAAGCUUGAUAUUUAACGCGCAUUUCCAAACUUUCUUCAAAUUCUGUAACAAUAAAUUAAAUAAAAAUUUAGAAUUGUGAUAGAAA